CUCUCUCACACACACACACACACACACACACACACACACACAAAAGAAGGGUAAAAACCAAUACAAGUUGCAUUAUCAUUAUCAUUGGUUGUUGAAGCUAUUUCUCCACUUUGGCCCUUGUUCUUUUGAACUUUAUUUUUAUUAGUAUAGGUAUUUUAGCAAUAAAAGUAUAUGUAGCCUAUAAAUAAUCACAUCUUAAUUCUAUUUGGAUAUGAAAAGAAGAGAACAAUAUUGAUGAUAGUUAUUGUGAAAUUAUCUAACCUAAAAUAUAUUAUGCUUAUUCAUGUUACAAAAUUAAGGCAGUUUAAAUGAGAAUAUUUCAAUUACCAAAAAAUUUCAAAUCUGAUGUAUUUUUGAAUUUAACUCAUUUAGUUAAUUUGUUCAGCAUCGAACAAAUUGAAACCUAUUGUCAUGUGUUAGGAAUACCAAUUUGAUGACUAAUUAGUAACCCUAACAUGUGAUAGUAGGUUUAUUGAUAAAUGUUAAGGCCGAAAAGAUGAUAGAUUCAAGCAGAAUAAAAUGUGAAUCAAGUAAAUAUUAGGAAAAAUUGAAAAGAAUAAACCCACCUUUGGCACAUCUUCUCAAAAUAAUCCCACCUUUGCAUAUUCUAGAAAUAAUCCCACCUUUGUGCCCCAUAUUCUCAAAAUGAUCCUUUUUUACCUUCAACCUGUUUUACAAGUUAGAUUUUUGUAAUAGACCGACUUUAGGGGGGGGGGGUCAGCCACAUAUACGGGUCUACGCUAAAAGAGUCAAACACGGGUAUCAACAACACAAACCACAAAGAGCAAGGGACAAAAUCAAUUAAGAAGAGGAGAAGGAAAGGAAGCAACCUUAGUCCUAGGAUGUUUAUUUAUGUUUUUCUAUACUAGCUAAUUUUCACAUGUUAAGCCUUAAGGUCAUCCUGACCAUCUUAGUAUAAGUAGUAUGGCUAGUGUUAGUGGAAAAGGCAGGCAGAAAUUAGUGAGGAAAAUUUGGAGAGUUGCAACCUCAAGUUGCUAGGAGAUUUGUAGCCUCAAGCUACUAUGUAUCCCUUCCAUUAAUCAGUUCAAUGAAAAAUCAGUCCUUCUCUUACUAAUGAGUAUUAUCGAGUGAAUCAGCCUUAGUCUAUAACAAUAGGUAUCAGAGCAGGCGGUCUUGUGGCCUGCCGGUGACUGAAACCACCGUCCGUACAACGUAAAAAAUAAAAUAAAAAAAUGCAGUUUCUGGAACAGAAGGAGCACAUCUCAUGAGGCAAUGGAUUCAAGAAGGAUUCGAACACCUUUCACGCAUAAGGAACUAAGAACUUCGGAUCUCAAGGAGGAGGAGCAGAGAACUCGACAAGAGCUGCAACUUCCAGAGUUUACUGGAAGCAAUUUGGAAGAUUGGGUCCUUCAGCUUGAGGAUUCCUUCCAAUUCUUCGAGAUGAAUGAGGAGACGAAGUUGAAGGCUGCCAUUAUUGGACUUGAUGGCAAGGCGUUGCAGUGGUUUGAACGUGAACACCAAUGGCAACCAUUUCGUGACUGGCAAGAAUUGAAGACUUGGCUGCUUCGAAAUUCAGGGAGGUGGCUACCAAAUAAGAAGGAAAGGAGUGAGAAAUCUCCGAAAUUAUUAGAGAAAGAAUCCAUUAGGGCAGUGGUGGAAGUGGCGGUCGCCCAAGCAAUGGCAGCGGAAAGGGAGAGGCUGGAUGAGAAGAGAGGCCCUUUCGAAUCCAAACCCUUGGCCGAGCAAGUCGUUGCAACUGUGAGCACGGAGAGGAAAGUUGAGGAAGGUCUCACAGACGAACCAACGGCAGUCUCCUUCAAGUCUGCCGGUGCACCGGUUUCGGUGGAGGACGAGCUGGAGUCGCCAACGAAUUUGGUGGUGGACGGUGGACGUCAUGGGCGUGGUGGGUUGACUGGUGGAUUUAUCCGUGCUAGUGACUAUGAUGGUGGGGGGAGUGUUUUCGAAGGUGGCCUUGGUGGUGAAUCUGGUGAUUAUUCCGAAGACUUUGACAGCAAGUUGGGUUACGUGGUUGGAGUAUUCGCAGGAAAAUUGAAUUCGGGUGGAAGGUUUGGUGAUUAUGGAGCGGGAUUUAAGGGUAGUGGUCAAGGUAACUCUGCCGGUGAAUCUGGUGGUGGGUUCCGUGGUCUUGCUGGUGGUAUUUGCAACGAAUUUGAGGGGGGUAGAUGGAGAAGGAAACUUAGUGGUGGCUCAGGUUGUUCACCAGGGGGAAAAUUCGAGAGAGGGGGUGCCGGUGAAAGUGGAUCCGGCGGUGGCCCAGGAUUACUUGGCAGAAAGGGUGAGCAUGGUUGUAAGGCCACCGCUAGGGGUGGACUGAACAGAGAAGGCGCAAGUUUUGUGAUGGGCAGAUCCGGUGGUGGACUGGGUUAUUUGGUCGCCGGAGAAAAAGAUGGUGCAAGGUGCAAGAGCAGCGAUGGCAGAAGCGGUGUAGGUCGAGGCGAAAUUACCGGUGAGUCGUCACCAUGGAUGGUAGCAAGAAGGGGCGGUGACUUUUGUAGUGGCUUUACCGGCGGUGGUUGCUUGGUCGGAGGUGGUUUAGUUGGUGGAUCCAACGGUGGUCCAGGUAAUUUAGCCGGAAAAGUUGAGAGGGGUGGUAAGACCGCCGCUAGUGGUGGCCUGAACAGAGAAGAAGAUGGCGUCGUUAGUGCUGGGCCCGGUAGUGGCUGUCGUCUCUUCGCCGGAGGUGGCUUGUUGGAAAGUGGACUGGAGUACUUUGGAGGGGUUGGAGAGCUUCAUGAAUGGUGGAUAUUUGGUGGGUUCCAGAAGCAUCAUGAAAAAGUGAUGAAAGGGAAUUUGACUAAGUCAAAGCUUAGCUUGGAGAGAAAGUCAGUGAUAAAAUAUGUUAGUAAGGGUAUUAUGGUAAUAUGCCUUGAAAAUAUAAUACAAGAAUCAGGUCAGCUGCUAGAGUCACGUGCAGCUAAAAGAGAUGAAAGGCUUGACAGUUUAAAUACUACAUUGCUAGUACAAACCCAUUUACAGCCCAAUCCUUUUAAUGAGAGGAACCUUCACUAUGGGCUAAGAAAACUCAGGCCCAUUCCUCUAAACUUAGAUGCAAAAUACAAACUCAUUUCCUAAUUUUCUCACUAUCAAUCUGCUAACCGUAAGCCCACAAACCUAUCAAUCUGUAGACCCACUUUGAGGACUUACUUUUCCUUAGAUACUGUCAUUUUAUUAGUUAAUAGUGUCCCACCCAUCCCAGUUAUACCACCCAAUAUAUUCCGACCCCAUUUCUUCAGCCAAUUGUUAGACCAAAAUGUUCAUUGCAAUUCCCACAACCCACAGCCUACACACCAUCCCAAGCACAAGUCAACGGAGUCCAACUCCAUCCACCAUUCGACCCUCUCUCAUGACAAAUUGGUGCAUUAUUCACAACCUUCUGCCAUAUUAAGGCUAAGAAGGGGAGCUCUAAGGCCUCUAACUUUCAACAAUGAGCAGAAGUUUUCACUACAGCUCUCUCUGAGUUUCGACCAAUUCAAGAGUGGGAUUAGAGAUCAAUGUUGCCGAGGCCGGGAUCCACGUGCCGAUUAUCAACCACCUUGAGGACAAGGUGGAACUCGAGGGGGCCGGUAAUGUAAUAGACCGGCUUUAGGGGGUGGGUGGGUCAGCCACAUAUACGGGUCUACGCUAAAAGAGUCAAACACGGGUAUCAACAAAACAAACCACAAAGAGCAAGGGACAAAAUCAAUUAAGAAGAGGAGAAGGAAAGGAAGCAACUUUAGUCCUAGGAUGUUUAUUUAUGUUUUUCUAUAUUAGCUAAGUUUCACAUGUUAAGCCUUAAGGUCAUCCUUGACCAUCUUAGUAUAAGUAGUAUGGCUAGUGUUAGUGGAAAAGGCAGGCAGAAAUUAGUGAGGAAAAUUUGGAGAGUUGCAACCUCAAGUUGCUAGGAGAUUUGUAGCCUCAAGCUACUAUGUAUCCCUUCCAUUAAUCAGUUCAAUGAAAAAUCAGUCCUUCUCUUACUAAUGAGUAUUAUCGAGUGAAUCAGCCUUAGUCUAUAACAAUUUUGUUUUAUUUUUAAUUUUUUUUACUUUAAUCUUUCUUCGCCCACCUCACCCCAUUCCUCCAUGUCCACCACCAUCACCACCCACCACCGAACUGACCCCCACCCAAAACCCCACCUGAAUCAAGGAGGAGGGAAGGGGAAGGGGCUGCCAUGUCCAAUCCCCACCCCAACUCCCCUUUUAACCCCCAAAUCGAUAAAAAGAGUGUUCAAGAGUGUUUUUUGCAAAAUCCAAUGGUGAUAAAAAUAGCAGCAGCAACAAUGAAGGUUGGGGAAUGGGAUUCUUGUUCAUCCUUUCUCACCAUCACCGAGAUAAUAACAACAAUACUUCUCACGAACAACCUAAUUUCUCUGGUAGUAAGAAGAAAUCUUCAAUUUCAUUCACUUCGAAAUCAAACACCAAUUUACUCGUUUCUAAAUCACAAUCUACUUUAUCAAUUUGUGGAAUUUUAGUUUUCACAACUAUUUUAUUAUUCACUCUUUCAAUUUUCAAACCCACCUCUGUUAUGAAUAACAAUUACCAAGAUCGAACGCUGUUCAACCUUCGAACCCACUCAAACACCAAGAUCGAACGCUGUUCAGCAUUGAAGGAGAGAGAAAAUAAAGGGUAGUUUAUAAAUUGCCCAAAAAUGGUGGAUUUAUGCAAGAAAAUUACAGUAGUUUUGAUGAAGAAGAUGAUGAAAUUGGUUUUUUUUUUUCCUUUUCUCUCAAAUUUCUGCAAUCUUUAAUUUGUUUUAAUUUUUAAAUUGUCUUUUUCUAUGGAGGAGAGAGUGGGAAUGCGAGCAAGGAAAUGGAAAGUGAGAAAGGGAGGGAGGCUGGCCGGAUGCGGCUCCGGCAAGGGAAGGAAGGAAAAAGGCUGGUCAAUUAAUGAAAAAGGGUCAUCUUGAGAAAAUGGGGUACAAAGGUGGGAUUGUUUCCAGAAUACGCAAAGGUAAGAUUAUUUUGAGAAGAUGUGCCAAAAGUGG